AUGCACAAUAAAACCUUGCUGACCUAUAUGGACCGGACACCUCCUCGGACCCUGUACUACAAAGAUCGACAGGGUAAAUUACGCUUAAAUGGAUUUGUGGCCCGUUUUGUGAUGCUCUUCGCCGAACGUUUUAAUGCAAAUCUACAAAUGGCCUUCCCCUUGAAUUUCGAAGAUCCCAGCCAUUAUUCAGUUAUCAUCGAAAAUAUGGUGAACCUCAAUCGUCUCGACAUACCCAUGGUUAUGGACACCAGUCCGACCAUAAAUAAAUGGUAUAAUAUGACAAAUAGCCUGCAUCAUGACAAGGGUCUGUUGGUGGUACCCUGUGCCAAGGCACUGAGUAAACGUGAGGUCUACGGGAAACUACUGAAUGGAGCAUUUCUGGGUUAUAUUAUUAUCUGCACCAUGGCGCUAUCCUUAGCCCGAUCUCUUAUCGAUUAUGUCUUCAAUCGUCAGUUGCACUUCUCCAGAUUGCUGUUCAGUGAACUCAUCUUUCCAGGAGUGCUAGGACAACCCUUCAGCAUUACACACUUCUCGAAUGUCAGUUCGAAAAUAAUCUACCUGCUGCUCUUCAUAGCCGGCCUAUAUUUGAACACCCUCUUUGCGGUGAGUGUCAGUACCCUCUUUACCCAUCCACCCAAACAUCGGCAAAUAGAAACAAUGCAGGAUCUCGUGAAAUCCCCAUUGCAGAUUCUCCUCUACGAUGUUGAGGCUCGGGUGAUGCAGGAACACAUUAGGCCCUACCGUUCCGUCUUUACUACCACCAACAACUACACCUAUGUACUCGGUAUGCGCAAUAGCUUCAACAGCUCCUUUGGCUAUUAUUUCUCCUACUCAGCCUGGCUGAUGAUGUCCUCGGUACAAUCAUUCUAUCAGGAUAAAAUUUUCUGUACCUAUGAAAAUUUAACACUAUUUCCGAAUCUUCGUUGGGCCAUACCUCUGCCGCAUAAUUCACCCUACAAGGAGGGCCUUAACUAUCUCAUUGAAUUGGUUAAGGCCUUUGGUCUAUUGGAGGCAUGGCAUUAUAGCACAUUUUUCGAUAUGCUCAGACACAAGGAGUUGACAAUUUCGGAACCUCAGGAAGAUAUGACACCUAAGGCACUGACCAUGGCCGAUAUGUUUUGGAUUUGGAUAAUAAUUGUUGUGGGUUUAACCACGGCAAUGGCGGUAUUUUUAAUGGAAAUAAUUUGGAAUCAUAGGAAUAAAUUAAUAAAGUCCAAAGUGGAUCCACAUUCGGAAUAA